CCCGCUUCCCCGGCUCCAACCUCCGCCGGCGGAGCCCACUAUGCCAGACAGUUUCGACACUUUGCAAAGACAAAGAGCCCUAGACCGGAGGGAGGAGGAAGAGGAGGAAGAAGAGGAGAGAGAGAAGGAAGAGGCGAUGUGAGCUAGGAAGGGGGCGAGGGUGAGAAGCACCCCCUCUGGAUUCUCCUCCGACCCCUCUCAUGCCCAAAUCCCGGAAACUCCAGCGUGUCUCCAGCCGCGCUGAUACCAUCUUCAGACCCCAACUUCCUGAACUGGAAAUGCCAAGGAGAGGGAUCUAGUGCCUCCAAGAGCUGUAGUAAACAAACGCUUUCAGCUUUUUGGCCAGGACAAUACCAGCAGUGGACCAGAGAUGGACGUCACUCAGCCUUUUGAGAUGACAGACAGCCAACCCUCUGCCUUCAUCAGGCUGGACGCUUAACCGCCACAUCUCUGGCGGCAGCUCGGGAAACACAAAGCUCUAAUUAAGGAUCAUUGCAAACCACGUUUUGCGGAGGGGGGUGGCAAAGACCCUUCUUUCAAAGGCCUCACCCUCGAGAGACCCUGGAUUGUCACAAAGAUUAAUGACCACUCGACCCCUUUGGAUGGGAAAGGAAAUCACUGAUUAAAGCUUCGUCAAGAGAUAUUAUCAGCUCUUUAGGAUUGCAGAAGUCGGCUACUUUAUUUUCUGAAAAGACAGAUACACGCCAGCAGAGCCAACACACCAUGAAUGGCCUUCGCGUACCACACAGUGAUGUCGGGGACACAAGGGUGGCCGUGCCCCGGCGGGAGUGAGGUUGGCCCCAGCAGCUCUUGAGUCUCCCCCCUGGGAAUUUCCGCCGUCCCUGCUGAUCGAGUCUCCAUCUCCGGGAUUUUUCUUCUUCUCGCUCCUCAGUCAGGAGGGAUUUCCUCCGGCCCGUCACAGGGAGGCCCCACCAGGUAGCAAAGAUGGUGACCACGAGGAAGAGGACCCUCAAAGUGCUCACCUUCCUCAUCCUCUUCAUCUUCCUCACCUCCUUCUUCCUCAACUACUCCCACACCAUGGUGGCCACCACCUGGUUCCCCAAGCAGAUGGUCAUGGAGCUCUCGGAGAGCCUGAGGAAGCUCAUCAAGCACAGGCCCUGCACCUGCGCCCACUGCGUCGGCCAGCGCAGGGUCUCCGUCUGGUUCGACGAGAGGUUCAACCAGACCAUGCAGCCGCUGCUGACGGCGCGCAACGCGCUCCUGGAGGAGGAAACCUACAGAUGGUGGCUGAGGCUCCAGCGGGAGAAGAAGCCCAAUAACUUGAAUGAUACCAUCAAGGAGCUGUUCAGGGUCGUGCCUGGGAACGUGGACCCCGUGCUGGAGAAGCGGUCUGUGGGCUGCCGGCGCUGUGCUGUCGUGGGCAACUCUGGCAACCUGAGGGAGUCCUCAUACGGGUCGGAGAUAGACAGUCACGACUUUGUGCUCAGGAUGAACAAGGCUCCCACAGCGGGGUUUGAGGCUGAUGUCGGGAGCAAGACCACCCACCACCUGGUGUACCCCGAGAGCUUCCGGGAGCUGGGGGAGAACGUCAGCAUGGUCCUGGUCCCCUUCAAGACCGUGGACUUGGAGUGGGUGGUGAGCGCCACCACCACCGGCACCAUCUCCCACACCUAUGUCCCCGUCCCCACGAAGAUCAAGGUGAAACGGGAUAAGAAUUCACUGAGGGCCACGCCCUCCCCUCCCCGCAGAUCCUCAUCUACCACCCGGCCUUCAUCAAGUACGUCUUCGACAGCUGGCUGCAGGGCCACGGGCGGUACCCGUCCACCGGCAUCCUCUCCGUCAUCUUCUCCAUGCACGUCUGUGACGAGGUGGACCUGUAUGGCUUCGGGGCAGACAGCAAAGGGAACUGGCACCACUACUGGGAGAACAACCCGUCAGCAGGGGCUUUUCGCAAGACAGGGGUGCAUGAUGCAGACUUUGAGUCCAACGUGACGGCCACCUUGGCAUCCAUCAACAAAAUCCGGAUCUUCAAGGGGAGAUGACGCCGAGAAGGGUUCAGGAUGGACGCGCCAUCACGCCUCUGGAUUCCAGCUCCAGCAUCUCGCCGGAGCCAUCCUGCCCAGGAGCUUCGAGAGCCAGCCCCAGGGGUGUGCCCAGGUGCCUCCUGCAGCCUCUUGCACCCCAGCCUUCUGCAGCCUCCACUCAGCAAGGUCGCCGAUCUCCGCCAAGACUGCAGAGCAAGUUUCAGAACCUGUCUUGGGUGGGGAGAGUUUCCUCCCACUGCUGUCCCAGGGCUGGGGAGACUCUGGGGAAGCUUCAGUCUCCAAACACUAAAAUCAUUUUGGCCUCUGGGAUGGGGUUGGGGGGCGAAUCUGAACACUCCCAUAUUCUAAUCGACAGGAGGCUUCCCAGGAAAGAUGGGGAGAGAGACUUGCUGCUGCCCGGGGGUCCAGGGCUGACUCUCCAGCUCUGACCCCCACUGGGAUGUUUCUGAGUGAUGAUUACCUCCAGGACAGAGCCACGUCGGGCCACGCAGGUGCUGGGGGCACAGUGCCACCCUUCUUUGCACGAAGCCUGGCCUCUCACUUGGUGUGAUAACCCUCUCAUCCCUUUCUUCCCAGAGUUCAUUUAUCAUGGCCAGGAGAGACUUCCCACCCCCAAGAUCUUCAUGGAAACUUGGCAGCAUGUUUCUCCCUCCUGCAGAUGUCUCUUCCUAAGCAGAUGUUCCCUUGAGCAAUCAAUCUCCAUGGUUAUAAUCAUGGCCAAGAGCAGCUCUGCCUACUUCCAUGUGCCUUUGUGUUUGGGGAGGAAAUGCAUGCAUUGGCUGAAAUGAGGCAAAAGCUCCUACUCGGGAAAGGGGGCCCCCACCAACGGCCCCCCCCUGCUCCAGAGCUGGGAACGUCUUUUCUAGAUUCCUGCGACAGUGCCCAAUUUGGAAUAAAGCUCAGAUGACACUCACAGCCACCCAGGGGCACAUCAGCCAGGGAAUACACCCUUAUUUUCUUAGACUGUUGGAUUUGGUGCCUGUAACCUCCAAGGCCACACAGGGGGCUUCCAACAGCAUUUUCCCCAAGGGCCUGAGCUCUGGGCCAUGUCCCUGCUGGCUACCUCUGGGGUGUCGGGGGUCUGGGUGGGGGCCUCCAAGAAUGGUGGCUGCACUUACCUCAUCUUCUCACUCUCCUGCUACCCUUUCUCCUCAGCCUUCCUGAUUAUUUAUUGAUUUAUUUUCUUUUUAAUUCAACUGACAUUGUGGGCACCCUGGCCCUGUUGCUGGUCCUGGGGUCUUAAUUAAGCUCGCUAUUGCCCAACCCAGCAGCAGGGGAAGGGGUGCUGAAAGGGAGGCUUGUAGGAAUUCUCGGACUUGGGGUGUUGCUCGGGGCCGACAGGCGGGCAGAUCCUGUGGCAUCAGCCCUUGGUCACUUGUGGAGUGCCUGCACUGCCCUCCCGUUCCAGCCCAGUUUCCUUCCUCCUUGUCGUGGAUUUGGCGUCGUUCUCAGGCUGGGAGUGUCCAAAACUCAGUGAAACCUCGUUGUGGCCGGGUGGGGAAUGGGGCAGGCAGAAGAGGACAGCGAUUAUUGGCUGUAGUUCUGAGGCUUCAUCAGAAAAACCACUUUUCCUGUUGAAAACAUUUCCUGAAAGGCCACUGCUGCUUUGGGGAGGCGUGAACUUUCAGGGUGCAAUCUCAGAAGUCAGGGGACCCACUCCCCCUGGCUCAGAAUCCCCCUCUGCCCACUGGGUGGAAGGAAUUAUGGGGGCUCAGGAGCCUCAGUCAGGGGUCACAGAUGGCUUCAGGCCAUUCAGAAGAGUCCCCAAAAAUUGCAUGCCAAGUUUGCUUCGUUUUUUUUUUUUUUCCCCCUGAAUUCUGUGCAUCUGAGCAUGGUUCUGGGGAAAGUUUCCAUAGCUUUUAUUACCUUCUCACAUAUUCAGAAUCCAGGAAGUGUUAAGCAAACAAACAAACCUGUUUCAGCUUUAAAAGCCUCCCAAACCGAAGGCUUUCUUGACUGAUACAGGCUGGCGUGUCGCUGCGAGUCUUCACUCUGAAGUCAUACCCCUCCGAGGCUCACAGCCCUGCUUGACAUGGAAGACUCAGCAAAUGUCGGCGGGUGGCUAAUUAGUCCCAGGGACAAACUUGAGUCACAUGGACACUGAUACAGAGGGUCGUGUUGACUCUGGAACUCUUCCCCUUCUCCCGGAAGCUGAGUCUGUUUGGGGCUGACGGGUUCAGUAGAGCGAUCUGCUUUGGGUUUUACUGAUGAAGACCAGGUCCCCCGAAGUGAAGUGUCCGUGCGUGAGCUGGCGGCUGUCUGGGUUGGGUCUGCUCUUCUUCCUCCCACUAGGAUCUUCAGGCUGUGGGAUACCUUCCAGCCUACCACAUUAGCUCUCAUUUUACACCGAGAAAAGUAUGGCCUAGAGUAGAGAAGUGACUUGCAAUAGUAAUCUGAUGAUGACGGCACAAGUCAGAGUUUGAGCAAAAAUAGGGUGUUAUUUGCUCCACGUUUAAAUUGUCCAGAGGUAGGCUUUCCCAGCGAGACUCCAUCCAGCAUCUUGAAAAAGUGUAACCGUCAUGUAGGUGUCUGCUCUGCUCUCUCAGCACCGAGCUCCACCCGCAGGCGACCCUGGUGGGCAAGCUCUCGUCUCUGCCUUCUCAUGCCGUACCCUCCAGCAGAGGAGAGAGCAUUUCUCUUUCCCAUAGCCCAGCGGACUCUCUUGUGCCUUGCUGACUUAGCAGUGGUACUUACCCGAAUAAAAGCCAGUCAUUGUGGCCAGAAUUAGAUGCACCAAUUGACGCAAGCCAUGUGGAACCCAUACCUGGGGUGAAGGUGGCUGAGAACCAGACAAGAGUGUUUCCCAAAGGGCACUGGUUGUGCCGUCAGCAGGAGGACAAGAAGGACCCAUGCUAGGCAGGCAAUGGCAGGGUACUCCCUCUAGCUCCUGAACUCCAGUCCAGGGCUCUGUCCACUCUGCAGGCAGAGAGCCCCUUGGAGACCAGCCCUGGGCUCUAGGCAGGGAGCAGAAAGGUCCCUGCCCGUAGCACACAGCGCUGAGCCUGAAGGUGCAAAGGCAGGGGCUGAUGAGGCUGGCCCGUGAGAUCUCAGCAACAUCCCAGCCUCCGGGGUUCCCCCAGCAAGCCAGGAGGUGGAUUCUCUAGAGCUGGAACCACAUGCCCCUCCCCUGCCCUCUCCCACCUGUUACGGGAGAAGGGAGGGAAGGUUUGUAACCUCUGGCUUCAUGAAGGAAUUUGAGAGGAGAACUGAGUUCAUAAAACAUAAAAAAUGGGGAAUCCAGACAAGGUGAAUUAGGCAGUUAAGAUCUGGGUGGUUCUUUUACGGAAUCUCAGUCUCCGCUGUGGCCAGAAGGGGGCGCUAGAGGCCAAGCCUUCCUGGCUGUGCCUCGCCACGGGCCCUUCCGUGCCAGAAUCGCUCAGAUCUCAACUGCCGUCUCCGCCUCGUCUGGUUUCCUUAUUUUUUGUUUUAUUUUCUUGUACUUGGCUUUUCCCACUAAUCCCAGCCCACACGGUUUGCUGCACGAGAGCUGGGAUAUUUGUUUAAUUGUUCUCUUCAAGCUAGCUUGAAAAACAAGGUGGAAACUCAGAAAACCCACUCUCCCUCACAUGAUCAAAAAUACUUCCUGCAGGGAAGCCCCAGCCCCGGGUGGCCAGUGUCCAGCUAAAGAUGUCUGGACACCUGCCAUGUGCCAUCAGGAACCAGCAACUGUCCUCGCCCCUCUGAAGAGCUCGGGGACGUCGCCAUGUUCAUGGUGGACAUCUGGGUCGCUGCAAACCCGGCCACGUGCCACCAGCCUCAUCCUGUCCUGUGGGCUGGGCCAGGCGGUUCUGAGAUAGAGUCAACUUCCCGCUUCUUGUUUGCACGAAAGCACCAGCUCUUACGGCCCUGGUGCCUACCUGACACUGUGCAAAGAAAAGGAGAGGGAGGAGGAGAACCAGAGUCCAGCCAAGCAGCAUCUCACGGCAUGUGGGGGUCAGGGCAUCAGCAACUCUUACUUUCCUACCAAAAGAGCACUGAAUUUCCUGCAGGCAGCCAGCCUGCUCCACACCUCCCGUUCUUCCCGCCAGAGCCCGUCGGGCCAUCCGCACUGGUGUGGAACCCAGCGCUGUCACCCAGCUUCUAUCCUAAAACUGCCAUCGGUUGCCAGUCCUGAGCUGGGACGUCAGCUUUAACCCCAGCCUGCGUCAGGGACCCCUCCCCGUCGGGGUGGUGGCGGGUUCAUCCCCUUCCUCCUGCACAAUCGCUUUAGCACGUCCCCAAAUUCCCUCCAAAGCCAAAGUUUCCUGAGCACUUUUUCCUCUUCGCAGACCUGUGUGUUUGGUUGUUGGUGUUUUAAAAUUUGCUUUCUAUUCCCGCUCGCCUCUCUCCGUUCUGCAGCCAAGCGUUGAUCUGGGUGCAUUCGGAUGAUGGUAGCGACAGUCUACUUUCCUCAGCCCCUGCUCUGUUUUAUUUAUUGUUGAAUAUUUCCAAUGACCUGAAUCAAAGUGAAUUAAAAAAGAGCUAUUUUAUCGUU